AUGCCUAUUAUUUUUUUCUUUUCAGAUUAUGAUACUCCAGUCCGUCAUACCAUUGUAUUUCAGCGACGGAGUACAAAAACCCUUGCUUCCUACACUCCUCAGCAGUCUGUAAAUAGUUUUGCCUAUAGCGGCCAUUCCCAAUUCUCGCCAUCAAAGACUUCUACCCAUUCCACAUACCAUUUCGCUGGUAACCCUGGUGGCAGUAGCAGCAGCAAUAACAGUGCUGGCCACUCUAAUAACCAAGUGUUGCAUGUCUACCAGCAUGUACCCCGAAUACCCUCCCCGGGUCCAUCUUCUUCUCCUGCACCUCCGCCUUCAUCUUCCGGAUCUGGGCCAAUUAUGUCUGGCCUUAACCAUGCUUUUCAGAACCUCUCGAUGGCUGGCUACCGAGCUGGACAUGGUCAACCAGAUGUUUCCAAACAACAGCAGCAAUACCAACAGCAGCAGACAGUAAGCGGUCAGCAAAGACUUCAUCAAAUGCAGUCCAAUGCAAUGUCUGGACCCAGCAGUUUGCCACAAUACUUGCAGCAGCAGCAGCAAAUGUUGUCAAAUCAGGCUGCAAUGGCUGGUGCUGGGAGGAUUCCAGCCAAUACGAGUCCAGGCAUCACCAGAGCGGUGAACCAACUUGGACCACAGCGUCCACUGCCCAGUGCUCCUCCACCACCUUCUCCACAAUCAACACACCCAUCAAAGGCAAAAACAGAGAAUGCAUUAUUGUCUCUAAGGGAAGAAGAGGCCAAACAGCAUCUUCAGCAUCAGGCAGUUGCUGGUGGCUACAAUACGGAUUACUACAAUCAGUAUGACGAGAACUAUCAAAUACAGCAAUACCAUCAAGAGAUACGCAAUCACUAUGCUCAACAGAAUCCCUCCCCUGCAGCAGUGGCCGUCUCUGCAAAUACAGUGACACACCAGCAGGCAGUAGUACCAUUCACUAAUGCAGUACCAGAACACAUACAUGGCAAUACCACUACCACCACCAUCUCUACAUCUUCAUCCCCUGCUGCUUACUCAAAUGCUUAUGUGAAUCAGCAGGAGGAACUUCCUUUGCCACCAGGCUGGUCACUAGACUGGACAGUGCGAGGCCGCAAGUAUUACAUUGAUCACAAUACUCAGACUACUCACUGGAGUCAUCCUUUCGAGAAGGAAAGUCUUCCUAUGGGCUGGGAAAGAAUUGAAUCAAAGGAAUAUGGUGUUGUCUAUGUCAACUACAUUCUGAAACUUUCUCAGUAUAAUCAUCCAUGCGCUCCUGUCAUACCACAACAGCAGAACAUUGUGUUUGCACCACAAGAACUGAUGAUGCCUAAACAGAUUGAAUACAGACAGUCUAACCUACUGGUACCAGCAAAUCCUUAUCUGCAUGAAGAAAUUCCCGAAUGGCUGUAUGUUUAUUACAAAGCAAACCAGGACCAUGAUCACAAGCUGAAGGUAAAAGUGAAUUUAAUUUGCAAAAUUAACGAUCGUAACAUCCUUCUGGUAAAUGCUGGUCUUGUUUCCUCUCUUUCCCAUCCACUUUCUCCCUUCUCUUUCCCACCCACUUUCUUGCACCUUCUCUUUUUCCUUCCUUCCUUCCUCUCUCUUUCCCCUUCUCUUUCUCCCCUCUCUCUUCCCCCUUCUCUUUCUCCCCUCUCUCUCUUCCCCCUUCUCUUUCUCCCCUCUCUCUCUUCCCCCUUCUCUUUCUCCCUCUCUCUCUUCCCCUUCUCUUUCUCCCCUCUCUCUCUUCCCCUUCUCUUUCCCCUCUCUCUCUUCCCCCUUCUCUUUCUCCCUCUCUCUCUUCCCCCUCUCUCUUUCCCCUUCUCUUUCUCCCUCUCUCUCCCUUCUCUUCCCCUUCUCUUUCUCCCCUCUCUCUCUUCUCCCUUCUCUUUCUCUUCCCUCCUUCUUUCUCCCCUCUCUCUCUUCCCCUUCUCUCUCUUCCCCUCUCUCUCCUUCUCUCUCUCUUCCCCCUCUCUCUUCUCCACUCUCUCUUCUCCCCUCUCUCUCUUCCCCUUCUCUUUCCACUCUCUCUUCCCCCUUCUCUUUCUCCCCUCUCUCUCUUCUCCUUCUCUUUCCCCCCUCUCUCUUCUCCCUUCUCUUUCUGCCCUCUCUCUCUUCCCCUCCUCUUUCCCCCUUCUAUUCCUCCUCUCUCUUCCCCCUUCUAUUCCUCCUCUCUCUCUUCCCCCCUUCUAUUCCUCCUCUCUCUCUUCCCCCUUUCUAUUCCUCCUCUCUCUCUUCCCCCUUUCUAUUCCUAAGAAAAAAUAUGACAAAUUGGAAAAAAAGUUUUUCUGA